GCUGGUUCGUCCAUCCGUCCGUUUCUUGGUCAAUCGCAGCGGUCGUAGCGCGAUUCGCUCGUACAUACAAGUGGAACGUCUAAAAUGGCGAAAUACAGUUGUUAUUUACUCGCGUCGCAUAAAGCGAAGUGAGAGCGAGAACGGAGAGAAGCGAAUCGAGAGUCUCGCAACACGUCGCGUCGUCACGCUUGUCAAAGCUCGGAUUCACGUGUUGCACGAAACUGGCAAAACGCAGGCGAUCGUUUUACUGCACAAAUUCUAGCAGACAUGAUAGUGACGGAUUGGUCUAACUCACUGUAUUAGCGACAAUCCCAUCUUGAUCUUUAUUAAUUGAGAAAAGAUCAUAAUUGUCAGAGGUUAAGUGUCGAAUAAUAUGGCACAAUAUUUUAAUGUUGUGACCAAUGCCAGUGGUACUUUUACAUUUGAGGAAGUACCGAGACUAUGCACUGUAACCGGGCAACGGGUUCAGUUAGUUGUUGAAGAUGUUAAUAACAGCGGUAAUGGUUCACAACAGCUUGUGACUUAUACCGCUGCAUCACAAAACAGGCAGGCAAUAUUCUCCCCGCAAACUAUUAAUUUAGGGAAUCAAAUAGCUGCAACACGAUUGGAGCAAGGACAAAAUGUUUUUAUAAUCAAAACAAACGAUGUAACUACAACACAGGCCAUAUUAAAAUCUAAUCCCGUAAAUGCACAUCUUGUUAAUGAAAAUAUUGUGAACAUUACAGAUAACACAGGUACUAAGGCGGAAUGUAAAAACGAAGGACAACAAGUACAGUGGGUAAAGAUGCAAAAUGUUGCUACAACGACGAAACAAACGUUGCAAGAAAAAAAUUUAACUGCCGUUAUAACUAAAAGUAACAUACAAAAUAACAUUGCAACAUCACCACCUCUUUAUAUAAAUUCUGGACAAACAGAUAAAAAACUAGCCAAAUCUCAUCAGAAUAAAAGUCAACAAUUGUCAAAUAACGUACAAGUGGGUACGGCAACUCAAAAUCCAGAUGGAGUGAAUGCAAGAAUUUCGACAGAAAAUCGAAUUCAAAAUUCGACAGGAAAUCCCAAAUCUGUGAUGCCUGCCUGCAACAAAGCUGUUAAUUCAUCAGGACAGACUGUAAGGCCAAUUCGUGCUUCUAAUCCGAAUACGUCGCAUUUACGACCCGUAGCCAUAGUUCCUCCCGAAAUCUCUAAAACGCCGACGAGGGUACAACCUCCUGAUAUGGAGCAUUUAAAUGAGCAUAUUAAGCAAGCGAAAUUCAAGCAAAUGCAAUCGCAACAGAGACAGCAUACCGAAAAACUAAGGUUUCAACAAAAUAACGCACAACGGCAAAAUCCUAAUGCUACUGUUCAGCAUCCAAUUCAAUGUCCGUCGAAUAAUUCCACACGUCGUUUGACAACCGCAAAUUCUGUACAACAAAGAACGCAACAAGUUUUAAUCUCUUCUCAGAAGCAACAAGUGCAACAACAAUCAUCCAUGGUAACGUCUUCUCCCUCGUCCCCCUCCUCAGAUGAACAUAGCAUGUACGUUAGUAGUACUAGUAUGGAAGUCGAGUCUCUGGAAUGCAUGCAGGAAAAGGUACACGUAAUGCAGCAGUCUUCGCCACGAUCAGAACACGAGAACAAUUCAAGCGAGAGCGUCGCUUACCUACAAAAGAUUAUUAAUGAUCCAUCAACUGCCAUAGUUCAACAUCAAAUUCAAGGGAAUGAAGCAAAAAUGUUAGUGAUGUUAACCACGGGAGAACAGAGAUUAAUCACAUUCGAAAUACCGAACGAGGACUGCACUGUACACGACCUAUUGGAUCAGGUACGUGCAGUCUUGGGUCAGAUAAGCAUUACAUUCUCUGGUAAAACAACAGUUUCAUUGGUAGAUGAUCCCACACUGGGUAUAAAUUACAUAGUGGAAGAAGGUGUUGGAUCAGUUACAUCUUUUGAUGGCAGUGAUCAUAGUGAUGAUCAUAAUAAUUCUAUUCAGGAAGUUGUAACCUCCACUACAAUUGAAAAUUUAUCCCAAAAUACCAAUGCUUCAGAUGAAAACAGUAAUGCAUCUCUAUCCACUGAGGAGCCUAUUUUGGUCAAAGGAAUGUUUGCUGUCUGUCCACACUGCGGCUACAGUUCACUCCACUUCAACCGAUGUGAACGCUGUAAUACAAAAUUAUCUGAGGAAGUCAAGUCAAUACCCAUAGCAAAACGGAAGGAGACUGGGAUGUCUGUCGAUAUGUUCUAUAAGAAAAACAAUGAACGAAAUGCCACAAAAAUGGAGAAAAUGGAGCAAGAUGGUCCUACAUCUAAACGACUCAAGGCAAAGAGUAGAGCAAGACCAAAGCUUAUUCAUAAAGAGCCAGAAUGUUUGACAAUAUCAUCUGAUGAAGAAGAAGAAAAUAGGACUAAAAAAAUUGAAAGCGUUAAUAAUAAUGCACCAUUAAACAAUGCAAGUAACACUUUUAUCGAAGAUAUGGACACCAUUCUAGAAAAGGAACCAGUAAUUACAAGCACUUCUGUUUUUAAUUCAUAUAAGGAUUAUGUAGCAAAUAAUGAACAAAGUAGUACAGGAAUAUGUGAUAAUCAGAGCUUGUUAGAUAAUGAACAAUUACAACAGAUUGCUAUAGAGUGUCGAACGGUCAGAAUAGGUUCUUAUAAAUAUAUUCCUAGGGAAAAUGUAAUGAUUUCCCAUACUGGUGUACGAUUUAACGUACCUUUAUUAGAAGAUGCUACAAGUUUUGUUACUCUGGACGUGAAAUAUAAGGAUAUAGUUAAGCUGUUGAUUCAUUUUGGGAAGACAAUGCCGGUAUUAUUUUUUUAUACAUCUUCAAGUUCAGGCGCUAUGAUACGUGAGUUAUUAGGAAUGCAAGAUCCAAAAGGACCAUAUUAUGAUCCUACUGGAAAGGAUCAUACACAUAGACGUAUUACAUUAUUAUCAGAUAAAUUACCGGACGAUUCGAAACCCAAAUUAACCAGUUUAUUUGCACGUGGAAAUAAAAUAGAUGAAUUAAAUCCUAAAGAGGCGAAUGAUAUACUUGUACGAGCAUCGCCGAGGGAUAAUCGUCAACCACAAAAUAUUGUUGUUACACGAAAACAGAAUCAAAGCUCUGUACCAAAUACUGUCGGUGUUAAUGACAACAUACAAACAAUAACUGUAUAUCCACCACCUCCUGCGAAAGGGGGAAUAGCCAUCAACACUGAAGAUUACUUAUGCCUAGCGGAAGAUCAGUUUUUAAAUGACGUGAUUAUAGAUUUUUAUUUAAAAUAUCUAACUUUAGAAAUAUUAUCAGAAUCUGAUCAACACAGGACUCAUGUGUUCAGUUCGUACUUUUAUAAACGCUUGACCAGUCCACAUGCUCAAGCUGCUGAAAGCGUUGUGCCAAUGACGCCUGCUGCCAAACGACACGCGAGAGUACAGAAAUGGACAAAGAAUGUCAAUAUAUUUGAGAAAGAUUUUAUUAUAAUUCCUAUCAACGAGCACGCACAUUGGUUCUUGGCUAUUAUUUGUUUUCCUGGAUUAGUUGGCAAAAUUUCCACGCCUGCUAAGAAAACAAUCGAAAAUGACGUUCAAAAGAUUGUAAAAAAGAGUAAAAAGUUGAAAGAAUUGAAAACAAAAGCUGUUACAAUUGGUUCUACAACUAUCACUCCUGUACCUACAACGAUAACGAUAGAUCAGCCGGAUGAUGGAUCUGAGAGGGAUGAAGCUGAAGGCGAUGAUGAUGAGAUGGAAAUGGACAGCGACGAAGAGGAUGAGACGGAACAACCAGAGGAAAAUACAAUCCAAACUCAGGUUAAACUGGAACAGCAAAAGGAAAUUGUCAAAAUUCCCUGCAUAUUGAUAUUUGAUUCGCUUGCUGGCGCCAGUAGAGCACGAGUAGUCGCUACGUUAAGGGAUUAUUUAAGUUGCGAAUAUGUUGCUAAACUUGGUGCAGAAAAGACAUUCUCAAAAGAUACGAUUAAGGGAGCAUGCCCGAAAGUACCCCAACAAUCAAAUUUUACUGAUUGUGGAUUGUAUGUAUUACAGUAUGUCGAAAGUUUUUUUAAGGAUCCAAUUAAAGAUUAUACUUUGCCAAUUAAAACUUUGAAAAUGUGGUUCGAGGAAAUUAUUGUGACAAGAAAAAGAGAAGAGUUAUCAAAACUAUUAAUUAGAUUAAUGAAUAACACCAAAGGAGACAAAACUAUUAGUUUGCCAACUGUUAAUUUCCCCACGCAAGACGGUAAAUUAAAACCGAAGAGUGAAACACAGACAGACGCAAAAGCUGCAAAGCCGGAAGGGGAAAAUAAGAGAAAGUCUACAAAUGUAGAGGCAGAAACACGCAUUGUGUCGAUUGUGGCAGAAAAUACUGAAUCGUCUAAUGAAUUUAUUAGUAAUAGAACUUACCAGAUCAUUCCUUGUUUAAGUUCUAACUCGACCGAGAGUAAUACAACGGAAAUGAAUUUGACUGAACAAAAAACUACGAGGAUAAUGCCUGGAUCAAUAGAUUUGGUAGUAUCUACAGCAUACAUUGGAGUUACGAUUUGGAUAGCAUAUUGGCUAAGGCUCUAUGCACUAUUCUAUCUUAAUUCUUAUCCCCUCACGAGGAUUCUCGCCCUAGAAUUUAUAGCUACGGCAGAACUUUGUGGGGCAUGUUUCGAACUCAUUAUAAUUGCGGACAAUUGGGGAGUAUGGAUGUACGCGUUUUACCUAUUCUUAUUAACAAUUUGGUGGUCAUUGAACUGGGAUGAAGCUUCAGCCUGUCCUUAUACACAUAUGGAGGAUGUAGUUGUAGGUAAAAAACCUUUGGGCAUUGCUUUUCUGUCGAUAUGUGCAGAAUUGGCUGGCGGUCUCAUCAUAUUCAAAUAUAUUCAAAUGUUGUGGGCGUUUCAACUUGUUUCUACGCACAAGAACAGGGCCUACGAAGAGUGCACUACUGAUUUACAGGUAUCUGCUAUAAUUGGAGCAUUUGUGGAAUGCAUUGCAACAUGCAUAUGUAGAGUGGUAUCCCGUGUAUUGAGUGAUUUGAAUCCGAGGUUUUGUACGGUCAUUGAUGCUUUCGUAGGAACGGCUUUGGUGGUUGCAGCAUUCAAUUAUACUGGUGGUUACUUCAAUCCCGCUUUGGCGACUUCUCUAAAAUACGGCUGUUUGGGAACUACAUCCACGGAACAUAUGAUAGUUUAUUGGAUUGGAGCGUGUCUCGGAUCUAUUGCCUCUUUGCGCGUGUAUCGUAUGCCAUUUGUUCAAAACUACAUUCAAUUGCAAGAGAGUACGGAUACUGUAUACUAAAUAAAAUUUCAAAGGAUCUGAAGAAAAAGUUUCAUAGGUGUUUGGUAUUUAUAUAGGACUUUUUAUUUAAUAACAUGUAAAUCUUGCUUUCCAAUAACGUACAAAAAUGUCUAACAGAGUGUACAAAAUUAUACGUGCCAAACGAUAAUAUUAUAUACAUUCCCAUUGUGAUUAUCGUUAAUAAUUAUAGAGCUACGCACAAUUUUGGAAAAAAUAUGCCUUAAAAGUUUGUUGAACUGUAUAUAAAUGUUAACAAUGUUAAUAAAUAUUCUAAAAAUAUUA